CCCAUCCUAUCUUCCACAGGGCAUGCAGCAUUGAGCGUGCAACUCAAGAGCUUUGUGCACACAAAGCUAUAGCUGCAGCUAGCCCUCAUUGCUCUGAGCGUGAGUGUAGGUAGCUACCUAGCAGUUGAGUUAGCUUCCAGGCCCAUUAAUUCCCCGAUCCAUCUGCUGCAUUAAUUCCCCGGUUCACCCCCAUUCCACAUAUGGCCCCACCGUCGCACUUCUCCAAUGUCGCCGCCACCGUCCCCGUGGUGGUGGACAAGCCGCAGCAAUGCUCCAACGCGCUCGACGCUGACGACUUCCGGCGUCAGGGUCACCAAGUUAUCGACUUCAUCGCCGAGUACUACGGCGGCAUGGCCGACUACCCCGUCCACCCCAGCGUCACCCCCGGCUUCCUCCGCAACCUGCUCCCCGCCAGCGCGCCGUCCCGUGCGGAGCCCGACGCGUUCAGCUCGGCGCUCAAGGACAUCCGCGACCAUAUCCUCCCUGGCAUGACCCACUGGCAGAGCCCUCGCCAUUUCGCGCACUUCCCUGCGUCCAGCAGCACCGUCGGCGCCCUCGGCGAGGCUCUCACUGCCGGCAUCAAUGUCGUCCCGUUCACGUGGGCCGCUUCGCCGGCCGCCACCGAGCUCGAGAUGGUGGUAGUGGACUGGCUCGGCAAGGCGCUGCACUUGCCGGAAACUCUCUUGUUCGCCGGAGGCGGCGGGGGCACGCUUCUGGGCACCUCGUGCGAGGCCAUACUCUGCGCUCUCGUCGCUGCGAGGGACCGGAAGCUCGCCGAGAUUGGGGGGAGGAGAAUUGGCGACCUUGUCGUCUAUUGCUCUGACCAGACCCAUUUCGCCUUCCGGAAGGCUGCACGUAUCGCCGGGAUCCUGCGGGAACACAUCCGUGAGAUACAGACGUGCCAUGCAAACAUGUUCGCGCUCUCGGCCACGGCGCUGGAAGCCGCCAUGCAGGCUGACGUGGAGGCCGGUCUGGUCCCACUGUUCGUGUGCGCAACGGUUGGGACCACCCAGACAACGGCCGUUGACCCGAUUGGUGAGCUUUGCACCGUCACGGCACCUCACGGUGUUUGGGUCCACGUGGACGCGGCUUAUGCCGGCUCCGCGUUGGUCUGCCCAGAGUUUCGGCACGUGAUCAAUGGUGUGGAGUCUGUGGAUUCGUUCAGCAUGAACGCCCACAAAUGGCUCCUCACCAAUAACGAUUGCUGCGCGAUGUGGGUGAAGAAGCCAUCCGAGCUCAUCGCCGCGCUGGGCACGGAGCAGGAGUACAUCCUCAAAGACUCCGCCUCAGAGGGCCACGACAUCGUGGACUACAAGGACUGGACAAUGACAUUGACGCGCCGGUUCCGUGCGCUCAAGAUGUGGCUUGUGCUGCGUUGCUACGGCAUCGACGGCUUGCGCGAGCACAUCCGCUCCCACGUGCGCAUGGCCGAGGCGUUCGAGAACUUGGUGAGGGCCGAUGAGAGGUUCGAGGUUGUGACGGAUAGGCAGUUCGCAUUGGUGUGCUUCAGGCUCCGGUCUCCGGAGAAAUACGGUGGCGAGAAGACGGCCAAUGAGCUCAAUCGGAGCCUCCUUGAGGAGGUGAACGCGGUCACCUUGGGGCCGUACAUGAGCUCCGCAAACGUAGGAGGCAUGUAUAUGCUGAGGUGUGCCGUCGGGAGCACGCUCACAGAGGACUGCCACGUCACGGAUGGUUGGAAGGUCGUCCAGGAUCGGGCUACAUCGAUCCUUCGCAAAAUGGAGAUCAUCUACAGUGUGCUUGGUUAAAAGGCGAAUGCGCUUAUCUUUGUACAAUCUAGUUGGAGACGAACGUAACUAGGUCCACCUGAAUUGGGCCAAUCGGAAUCGUAAGGGUUUAUAUUUUAUGUAAGCAAUAAUGAUUUAUUUUGUAUUCAUUCGCAAUGGUAAUAAAAACGAUUUUGCUA